AUGGAAUCAAAUGUAGACUCACUAACGGCGUCAACAACAACUGUAAUACCUUCAACGGUGUCUCCAGCAUCCACUUUUGUGAAUUUACUUUUGAAUGAAGUCAACAAUACCGAUGUUCAUAAUUUGUUAGAUGUUCAACGUUCAUUUCUUCAUCAAUUGGAUAAAACUGUGGAGAAGAUUGAUGGAAUCAAUAAGCUUUCUGCUAAACGUUAUUUAGAUGCUUCACGAGACUUUUCUAGUCAUACACAGAUGUUAACAACAAUGAAAACCGAUCUUGAUUACAUCUUCAAGCGAAUCAAAUUGCUAAAAAUACGUUUGAAUAAAAAGUAUCCGGAUGCUUAUGCAUCAGUUCUGCGAGCGAAUGCCGCACAGAAUCCCUCUGCCGAUGAUGAAGACGAUGAUUUAGCUGAAUUUACAACACCUACGAAAUCAACGACUAGUCCAACGCUUGUCAAAUCGAAAACAAUUGAUAGUGUGCAAUUUGCAACAUUACCCUCGUCAUUACGUGAAAGUUCCAGUUCAACUCAAUCGAAUUUUCUUUUUUCACUAGCACACUCUCUUGUAAAUAUCAUCAUGGCUUCGGCAAAGAUCGACGAUCUUCUUCAAUGUCCAAUUUGUCUCGAGAUCUUCUACGAUCCGAAAGUUCUCGAUUGUCAACACACGUUCUGUGCCAAUUGUUUGAAAGUUCACGUAGCUGCAUCUGCUCGAAUGUUCAGUACAUCGAAUGCUGUUGAUUGUCCAAUUUGUCGUCGACGGACAAAUCUGAUCAACAAUUCAAUCGAUAGCCUUCCUGGCAAUUACAUCGUACGUGAUAUCAUCGAGCGUCAAUAUGGAUCAAGUGCACCUGAACGUCCACCUGGUUACACUCAACAAAUUCGUGACCGGAUUCAGAAACUACAAUCAGGCGAACCGGAGAAAAAGGAAGAAGAAACCGAUUAUAUGGAAUAUAUCAAACCAGCAGCAGCUGCUCUUGUUGGUGUGCUUGGUGGUUUACUUCUCGCAAAAGGCGUGAAAAAGAUGUGUGACAAUAAUAAGAAGGAAGGUGGCCAUUGA